GAAUCUCAGCAGAUGCUUGGAAGGUUGAUUCCAGAAAAGCAAUUGCUUAAUGAUCAGCUAAAGCAAGUUCAACAGAAUAGUCUCCACAGAGAUUCUCUUCUUACUAUCAAAAGAGCCUUGGAAGCCAAGGAACUAGCACGUCAACAGCUUCGGGAUCAGCUAGAUGAAGUAGAAAAAGAAACCAGAUCUAAACUUCAGGAAAUUGAUAUUUUCAAUAAUCAACUGAAGGAGCUGAGAGAAAUACAUAACAAGCAGCAACUACAGAAGCAAAAGAACUUGGAAGCUGAGAGGCUGAAGCAGAAGGAACAAGAAAGGAAGACAGUAGAACUGGAAAAGCAAAAAGAAGCUCAAAGGCGAAUCCAGGAACGGGAUAAACAGCGGCUUGAUCGAGUACAACCAGAGGAAGAACUUCGGUGGCAAAAAAAAAUUCAGGAAGACGACAAACAAAAAAGGGAAGAAAUAACCAAGAAGAAGGAAAGUGAGGAUAAGGGGAAACAGGAAAUGCAAGAGAAGCUAAGUAAGCUUUUCCAACCACAUCAAGAGCCAGUCAAGCCGGCUGUCCAGGCCCCUUGGUCAAAUGCAGAAAAAGCUCCUCUAACCAUUUCUGCUCAGGAGGAUGUAAAAAUAGUGUACUAUAGAGCUCUGUAUCCUUUUGAAUCAAGAAGCCACGAUGAAAUCACUAUUCAGCCUGGUGACAUAGUCAUGGUUAAAAGGGAAUGGGUGGAUGAAAGCCAGACUGGAGAACCAGGGUGGCUUGGUGGUGAACUGAAGGGGAAAACUGGAUGGUUCCCUGCAAACUAUGCAGAGAAAAUACCUGAAAACGAAGUUCCAGCUUCUGUAAAGCCAACAGUUGAGGUGGCUGCUGCACCUAAAGUUUCUGUGCAAGAAACAGCUACAUCGCUAGGAACUCCUGCCUCUACAGAGAGUUCUACAACUGCCAAUAACUGGGCAGACUUCAGUUCAACAUGGCCAACAAACACUAGUGAGAAACCAGAGACCGAUAACUGGGAUGCCUGGGCAGCUCAGCCGUCUUUGACUGUUCCCAGUGCAGGGCAGCUGCGACAGCGAUCAGCUUUCACUCCUGCCACUGUUACAGGAUCAUCUCCCUCUCCUGUCUUGGGCCAGGGUGAAAAAGUGGAGGGACUUCAAGCACAGGCUUUGUAUCCAUGGAGGGCAAAAAAAGACAACCACCUUAAUUUCAACAAAAAUGAUAUCAUCACAGUUUUGGAGCAGCAAGAUAUGUGGUGGUUUGGAGAGGUUCAAGGACAAAAGGGGUGGUUUCCUAAAUCAUACGUGAAGCUUAUUUCAGGCCCCAUUAGGAAGUCAACGAGCAUGGAUUCUGGUUCCUCGGAAAGCCCUGCUAGUCUGAAAAGAGUAGCAUCACCAGCAACAAAGGCAACUAUGUCGGGUGAAGAGUAUAUUGCUAUGUAUACUUAUGAGAGUUCUGAACAAGGAGACCUAACUUUCCAACAAGGUGAUAUGAUUCUUGUGACAAAGAAAGAUGGCGACUGGUGGACAGGAACACUGGGUGAUAAAUCAGGAGUUUUCCCAUCUAAUUAUGUGAGACUCAAAGAUUCUGAGGCUCCUGGAGCAGCUGGAAAAACGGGAAGCUUAGGGAAGAAACCUGAAAUUGCGCAAGUUAUUGCCUCUUACACAGCAACGGGUCCAGAACAGCUUACUCUUGCUCCUGGUCAAUUGAUUCUUAUCAGAAAGAAGAAUCCAGGUGGCUGGUGGGAAGGAGAGCUCCAAGCACGAGGGAAAAAACGGCAAAUAGGAUGGUUCCCUGCUAAUUAUGUAAAACUUCUGAGCCCUGGUACCAGUAAAACUACACCAACUGAGCUACCUAAAUCAACAGCAUUACCUUCAGUGUGCCAAGUCAUUGGCAUGUAUGACUACACUGCACAGAAUGACGAUGAGCUAGCGUUCAAUAAAGGCCAGAUUAUAAACGUCCUUAACAAGGAAGACCCAGACUGGUGGAAAGGGGAGGUGAAUGGACAAGUGGGUCUCUUUCCAUCCAACUAUGUGAAGCUGACAACAGACAUGGACCCGAGCCAGCAAUGGUGUGCAGACUUGCAUCUUCUGGAUAUGUUGACACCUACCGAAAGGAAAAGGCAGGGAUACAUCCACGAGCUCAUAGUCACAGAAGAGAACUAUGUAAAUGAUCUGCAGUUGGUCACAGAGAUCUUCCAGAAGCCACUAAUGGAAUCUGAGCUGCUAACGGAAAAAGAAGUUGCUAUGAUUUUUGUUAAUUGGAAGGAGCUGAUUAUGUGCAAUAUAAAACUACUGAAGGCUUUGCGUGUGCGUAAGAAGAUGUCUGGGGAGAAGAUGCCCGUGAAGAUGAUUGGUGACAUACUGACAGCUCAGCUGCCACACAUGCAGCCUUACAUUCGGUUCUGUAGCUGCCAGCUCAAUGGGGCAGCGCUCAUCCAGCAGAAGACAGAUGAAGUCCCCGAGUUCAAGGAGUUUGUUAAAAGGUUAGCAAUGGAUCCUCGCUGUAAAGGAAUGCCACUAUCAAGUUUUCUACUAAAGCCUAUGCAACGGGUAACAAGAUACCCACUAAUAAUUAAAAAUAUAAUAGAAAACACUCCCGAAAACCACCCUGACCACAGUCACUUGAAGCAUGCUCUUGAGAAAGCAGAAGAAUUAUGUUCUCAAGUAAACGAAGGCGUGCGGGAGAAGGAAAAUUCAGAUAGACUGGAGUGGAUCCAGGCUCACGUUCAGUGUGAAGGCCUGUCGGAGCAACUCGUAUUUAAUUCUGUUACAAACUGCUUGGGACCGCGCAAGUUUCUGCACAGUGGGAAGCUCUACAAAGCCAAGAGUAACAAGGAACUGUAUGGCUUUCUGUUCAACGAUUUCCUCCUCCUGACUCAGAUCAUAAAACCUCUUGGCUCUUCUGGCACAGACAAGGUCUUCAGCCCCAAGUCUAAUCUGCAAUACAAAAUGUACAAAACUCCCAUUUUUCUUAAUGAAGUACUAGUAAAAUUACCCACAGACCCUUCUGGAGAUGAGCCCAUCUUCCAUAUCUCCCACAUUGAUAGAGUCUAUACGCUCCGGGCGGAAAGCAUUAAUGAAAGGACUGCCUGGGUUCAGAAGAUCAAAGCUGCUUCAGAACUGUACAUAGAGACUGAAAAGAAGAAGAGGGAAAAAGCCUACCUAGUUCGCUCACAAAGAGCAACAGGCAUUGGGAGGUUGAUGGUGAAUAUUGUUGAAGGCAUUGAAUUAAAACCUUGCAGGUCCCAUGGAAAGAGUAACCCAUACUGCGAGGUGACGAUGGGCUCUCAGUGCCACAUUACGAAGACAAUACAGGACACCCUCAACCCAAAGUGGAACUCCAACUGCCAGUUCUUCAUCAAAGACCUGGAGCAGGACGUGCUCUGCAUCACGGUGUUUGAGAGGGACCAGUUCUCCCCAGAUGACUUUUUGGGCAGAACAGAGAUCCGUGUCGCAGACAUUAAGAAGGAUCAGGGUUCAAAGGGACCAGUUACAAAGUGUCUCCUUCUGCAUGAAGUCCCAACAGGAGAAAUAGUCGUCCGACUAGACCUGCAAUUGUUCGAUGAGCCUUAGAAGGAAAGGGACCAAUGUUUUAUUUCAGUCUGAGUUCACUGCGAUAGGCACCUGCAGAAGAUGUCACAAAAUCCUUGCUGGUGUGGUAUGAAACUACUGCUUGCCCUUCACACGUAAGAGGGUUAUCAAAGCAAACAGGAGCAUCUUUGUGCCUUGAUAAUUCUCACUGAAAAAUGAAUCCCAGUUUAGUGAGGAGAUCUCCCUCAAUUUCUCUAUGUGGAACUUGACGUUAGAUUCCUGGGUUUAUGAAAUAACCCGGUUGUUUGUUGUGCUCCAGUCUGAAAGACUGGCAAACCACAUAGGUUGCUGUUCUUGCUCCAGUUACCCUACUUUUUAAUGUACAUGGAGAAGGCAAUGUUGGUAGGUUUUGGAGGCUUUCUGCAGGGUUUUCCCCCUUAAGGAAUUCUGUGCCUGUUGCUCAGCAAAGUGAUGUGUAAAUGUAAUGUGAAUGGAAGGAGCAGUUCCGCAGUAAGAAGAUCUUUGAAGAUCUUUGUGAUGGCACUGAAGAGACUUAGAAAAUAAAUAGUCUAUAUCUAUA